AUGGCGGCGGUGGCGGCAGCGGCAGCGGCGGCUAGACCCAUCCUGAACGGCUUCUUCAAUCCCUUCGAGUGGGGUAGGGGCGGCAGGAGGAAGGCGGAGCAGCAGAGGCCGGAGCUCAAGUACCACAACGUCGACCUCCCCUUUCCCUCGUCUCUGCUCUCCAAGACGCACCUUGAAGGUAUCGCCAGCGAGAUCGAGAGAGAGGAUCUAAUGUUAGUCUCGCUGCUGAGGGGAGAAUGAAAUGGAAAUUGGGCAGGAAGGGAGCUGCGGUGCUGCUACAGAGCGACGAUGGACGGUUUCAGCGCCACAGCCUUCCACGAGAGCUGCGACUUCCGGGGCCCGUGCGUGGUAGUGGGCUACACGGAGGACUCGUUCAAGUUCGGGGGCUUCAACCCGGAGGGCUAUCGGAGCACCGACGACUACUACGACACCUUCGAAGCCUUCCUCUUCUACUGGGCGCACCCCGGCGGCGCCGCCGACUCCACCCCGGUGAUCCUCCCCAAGGUGGGCGGCAGCGGUGCCGCCCUCUUCGACUACGCGAGGGGCGGCCCCCAGUUCGGCGCCGACGGGCUCCUCAUCGGCCCCCCGCUGUCGCCGGUGAUGGGCGUAUUCACCGGGCCCGACGCCAGCUCCGGCGCCGGCGACCUCCGCCGGGCCAAGUCCCGGCUGGGCCUCUCCUACGCCAAGAGGCCCGACGGGAAGUCCUCCCUCUUCGGCGACGACCAGAGGGCCGCGCUCGCGGAGGUGCAGGUCUUCUGCUGCCCCCGAAUCGCCACCCUCUACCGACAAUAA